CGCCAAAUCUCUUUACCAAAUUUCAUGAAUCCUUCUACGGAGUAUCUAUUUAUCUUUUUACUUCUCUUUAUCAGAUUCAUUUUUUCCUUAAUUUGCUGAGCAUCCCGCCAAUUGUCAUCUCCCAAAACAUCCCGCCGGAAAGUUUCCCUCUUUUUCCCAAAUAGCUUGACAAUUAUUUGUAUAAAUAGUCAUGUUGCAAACCUAAUUUCUGUACGGGUACUCUGAUCUCAUCCCCUUGUUCUCCUUUGAUUUGAUCUACUUGUCCAUUCAUCAAUAUUUGUGCUUUGAUUUCCAUGGCAUCCCAUCCUCAAAUGAGCCAAAUUGUGGGGUAUGAAACUGCUAGAAGAAUCCUUGAGCAACAACCUAAAGGCCAAAGAAAUGUUUCAGUUGUCAAUAAAGCAACAUGGAAUCAAUUCCUAACUGAAACAUUCAUAAGGAUUUGUGUGGUUGAAUUGGAAGCAGGGAAUAGACCUGGGACACAUUUUAAUAGAGUGGGCUGGGAAAAUAUUGUGAAAAAAUUCAACACUGAAACAGGUCGUCAGUACAUGCAAUUACAGCUCAAAAACCGAUGGGAUAAUCUGAAAAAGGAAUGGUCUGUGUGGAGGUCAAUAACUGAAAAUGAAACAGGCCUUGGAUGGAAUAAUCAAAAAAUGACUGUGGAUGCCGAUGCUGGAUGGUGGGAAAGAAAAAUCAUGGAGAAUCCAGAUGCCGCCAAAUUCAGGGAAAGAGGGCCAAUAUUAGUCAAUGAACAACGAAUGUUAUUUUCAGAUGUUGUUGCGACGGGUAACAAUGCCUAUGUUCCAGCAACAGGAUUGAUGCCCGAGCACAUGAUGGAUGAUAUUAAUGAUUACCAGCCUGAGUGGAAUGCAUCUAAUGCUGAAGAAAGUAACAUGUCUCAAGGGGGUGUCCCAAGUUCCAGUGUCACUCAACCAACAAUGCCUAACAACCCAUUUUUGCCCAUACACCUUAAAUCCUUAAUAAAAAGAAACGCAAACCAUCUGGUGCCGAUAAGAUUGUGCAGUGCUUGGAGAGGAUGGUUGAAUCAGUUGAAGGGGACAAAGGAAGCAACUCUACUGGGCGUUACUCUAUUCAAAAUUGUUUUACUGUACUUGAUAAAAUGGAAGCGGUAGAAGCUGGAGGGCAUCUUUGGAUGUUUGCUACACGACUCUUCUUAAAGCAAGUACUAAGAGAAGUAUUUAUAGAGAUAAAGAGUGAUGAACUUAGGUUGAAAUGGCUUGAGGAACAGAUGGAGCGGGACUUCAAUCGUAGGAAAGCACCUCAAGUUUAACUUCUGAAUUUUAGUGGAUCUACGAGGAGGCUAGGCAAUCCUUUUAUGGUUAUUUGAUAUUUUAGUUGAAGUUAUUUAGAUAACAUAUAAACUAUUUAUGAUGGU